UAGCAAACCAAACACCACAAACCCCUAGGCAAACAAUAAAAGCAAACCAAAAAUCGAAAUCUAUACCAGAAAAUACAAGAGAAAAUGAAGAUACCAAAAGACAAAAAAAUCAAAAAAAGAUAAACACAAAGCUCGGGAUAUGGAGUUCUAAAUUUA